GGACUUUCCAAGUCAACUCAGUCUAAACUCUAAACCAUGCUUUCUUUUUAUAUACACAAAACGGGGUUUUUCAUUUUCCAUCAAAGGCUCCAAAAUCAAGUAUUGAGUUUCUUCAAGUUCAAGGUUCACAGUCAAGGGUUGGGAAAGGGUUAUGAGCGAUGAUGAUAUUGAUUCUGAGCUCCCAGAAUCGUCGCCCGCUCUGAUGCCAUGACAAACGGCAAAGGAAGAAAGGAAUUUGGGGUAAAAGCUUGAUUCAUUCUCAUUACCACCGUAUAGGUUAAAUAGGAGUUUACAAGAUCUUGUAUAUGGAGGAGUUGUUUGUAAUAGAAAAGUAAAGAUUGAAUGAGGCAGCAAUAAGAGAUAGUGAUCAAGAUGACUGAGCUCAUACCGAUUGGAACAAUCUUGGCCGUUCUCUCCAACCAGAUCAUCAAGAUCAGCCAAGCCGCCAAGGACGUGGUGUUCGAGAAGGAAAGCUUCCGCGUCCUGGCCAAGCAUCUCCUUGACAUCGGGCCCGUCUUGAAGGAGCUGCAGUCACAGCAGCUGAACGACUCCCCCGUUGCAAGGCAGGCGCUGGAGUCGCUCGAGACCAACGUCAAGAAGGCCCACGCCUUAGUCGAAAAGUACAAAGGGCGAGCGCGCUUCUACCUCUUACUAAAAUGCAGGCACAUUGUCAAGGAGAUACAGGAUGUCACUAGAGAGAUUGGCGAUUCCUUGGCCGCUCUAUCCCUCGCCAACGUUGAAGUCCUGUCUGGGAUCUCCGACCAGGUGCAUAGGUUGCAGCACGAGAUGCAACGGGCCGAGUUUGAGGCCUCUCACGCCCGCCUCCAGAUUGUUGACAAGCUGAAUCAGGGCAUCUCUGAUCAGGCAUUUGAUAAAGAGUUUGCCAAUGAUAUGCUCAGGGAUAUAGCACGGGCCGUGGGCGUCCCAGUUGAGCCCUCGGAGAUCAGCAGGGAGCUAGCCAGCUUCAAGAGAGAAAAGGAGGAAGCUGAGAAUAGGAAGGAGAGGGCUGAGGUCUUCUUUCUGGAACAGGUGAUUGAGUUGCUUUCCCGUGCAGAUGCUGCGCGGGAUUAUGAGGAGGUGAGCUUCCAGUAUAUGCAGAGGGUCAAGGUGAUCGAAAGGUACGAUGCAAGAGAGGAAUACAUCGAGCCGUUUAAGGCUUUCUACUGCUGCAUAACUGGCUGCGUGAUGGCUGAUCCUGUGAGCCUCUGCACGGGGACUGCGUGUGAAAGGUGGGCCCUUGAGGCAUGGUUCCAACGGGGUGAGAAGUCAGAUCCGGAGACGGGGGAGGAUCUUCAAGAUUUCUCAUGGAGGCCUAACAUUCUGCUGAGGCAGUCCAUACAGGAGUGGAGGGAGCUGAAUUACUGCCUCAAGAUUAGGUCUUGCAAGGCGAUGAUCACAUCGCACGAGGAGGAGUGUGUUGUGGAGGCUCUUGAUCGGAUGAAGGAGCUCGUUGCAGAGAACUCGAUCAACAAGGAUUGGAUUUCGAUUGGAGGGCUGACAGAGGGUGUCAUCGCCUUGCUCGAGAGUAGGAUCACUGAGGCUGUGAGGAAGAAGGUGUUGGUGACCUUGAAGGAUAUCAUAGAGGGGCAUGCUAGAAAUAAGGCUAGCAUCCUAGAGAAAGGAGGGAUUGAGAAGAUUGUGCUGUGCUUAGGGUUGGAUCCGAGCAUAUCAGAGGCUGCAGUCGGGCUUCUUUACGAGGUUUUGCUUGAUAGAUCGAGCUGGAACACAUCGUGCUGCAAGAGGCUUUCUCAGCAAUGCGAUGAGAUAAUUCCACUUCUUGUUUCUGUAGUCAAGAAUGAGUCUAAAUUAGCAGAGGAAAUACUGUUAAAACUGUGUGAAGAAGAUGACAACAUUAUCAAGGCUGCUAGAGUGAACUGGUUCAGACCACUGAUAGAUAAGGUGGUCCAAGGAUCAGUACUAGAAAGAAUCUCAAUGGUGAAAGAACUUGUUAGCUUAGAACUGGAUGAGGAGAAGAUCAAGUUACUUGGUGAGGAGGGGGUGAUUCCACCCCUGCUGGAGAUGGCAACCGGAGGCGUUGAGUCGAAGGAGGUUUCGCUGCACGCCCUUGUGAAGCUCUCCACCUUCCGGGGCAACAAACAUCUCAUCUGUGGCGGUGGUGGCGUUUCUCUCGUGGUGAAGCUGCUCUCCUCGUCUCACAUCGUCCCUGCGGUCACUGCAAGAUGUGCUGAGAUUCUUGCAAACCUAUCUGCCAAUGGGGAUGAAACGACGUUUCUGGUGGACGAAGAUGGAGGCCAGCUCGAGCUGAAGUCGGUCACUGCCAAUCUGCUCGCGAUCCAACAGAACCUCAAUUCGUUAGACUCAAUCAGGAGGCCUGCCCUGCGAGCCCUCGUUGGCAUCUGUCAGUCCGAGGCCGGGCUGGUGAAGUCUGCAGUUGUUUCAUGUAGUGGUAUUUCCGUCGUUCUCGCUCUGCUCGACGACUCCAACCAGGAGAUACGCGAGCUGGCGAUCAACCUCGUGUUCCUCUUCUCCCAGCAUGAGCCGGAGGGGGUGGUGGAGUACCUCCUUAAGCCUAGGCGCCUUGAGGCUCUGGUCGGAUUCCUUGAGAAUUCUGAGAAGGGCGACGUGCAGAGGGCCGCAGCCGGUCUGCUGGCCAACCUCCCCAAGUCAGAAACGUCAUUAACGGAGAAGUUAAUAGAGCUAGGAGGGCUAAAGGCUAUAAUCCAGAUCAUAAGAUUAGGGACAGGAGAAGCCAAGGAGAAUGCUCUGAGUGCACUAUUUAGGUUCACCGAUCCCACGAACCUCAAGUCACAGCGCGUCGUUGUUGAGUUGGACGCGUUUCCUCUUCUCACCGGACUUCUCAGAGCCGGCUCAGUCACAGCUAGUGCGAGAGCUGCAGCUCUGCUAGGCGACCUCUCAAUGCGAACUCCAGAGCUGAGCGACCUUCACAUGUGCCCGGCCCAUGGAGGCUCCUGCAGCGUGAGCACGACGUUCUGUUUGUUGGAGGGGGGUGCGUUACCUGAUCUGGUUCGGGUGGUGCAGGAUAAGGUCCAUGCCACGGCCUAUGAGGCGAUCCAGACGCUGUCCACCCUCGUUCAGGAGGAUUCACCUCAGAGGGGGGCAGCAGUGCUGCAUGAGUACGGGGCAAUCGGACCAACAAUAGAGGUGCUGAGAUGGGGUUCAGAGUCACUGAAAACAGAGGCGCUGAUCCUUUUGGAGAGAGUUUUCGUGUCGACAGAGAUGGUGGACUUGUACGGUGCAAUGGCAAGAGCGCCUCUCGGACAACUCGCUUCUCACAGUUUAUGUGAUGAGAGGCAUCUGGAGAGGAAGGCGGUUAAGGUGCUGCUUCUCAUCGAACGUUACUCGAGAUCAUCUACUACUUCUCUCGCCUCAACAGCAGCUCCUAUAACUGAUUGAAACUCAACCAUCUUUACACUUGUUCAAAAACAAUUUAUUCAGGGUGCUUACAAAUUGAGACAUUCCUACACCACACACAUGAAUUUGCACAGUUUAUAUGAAGUAACCAUAUAUAUAUAUGAAGAAAAGGAACAGCUUAAUGUACUAAAAUUACACUAGAGCUAUCGAGAUGAAGAAACUAGCUAAUUGAGGUCCUCGUAUUACAUGACCCAAAUAGCACGAGCAUGUGCAACUUUGUUGCUGGGACGAGGUGUCAAUUCAUGUAAUAUCUGAGCAAAUGUGUCGGUGUGCCUUGUCUCGGACAAGAUCAUCUCUGCAAAUGCACUCUCAUACCCUAGCGGCACAGGCUUGUUCUGAGGCUCCACCACGAGAUUCUCCAGAAUCACCGCUGCUUUUCUGCAAACUGGAUGUGGCAUCUUGAUCACCUUGAGAAGCCGAUCCACUGUCAGGGUUGAGUAUCAUGAGGCCAAGCAGUUGAGCAGCUGCACAGUGGCAGCCUCUAACAGCAGUCCGAGCAUCCCCAUGAUGGCCUGGAGUGCACAUUUUUUUCUAUGAGAAGUAGAGUAACAAGCACAGACAUGAAAAGAGCAAAAUAUUGGGUCAAAAGAGUUAUGUCAUUUUGAUGAACAAAGGCUUUGAUGAGCUAAACGACCCAAAUUCAUUAUUGUCUGAUUGUCUCAAGGGAAUUUGUGACAACUUCUUUUUC